UCUAGUCAUACGGUGGUGUAAUGUCGAGUUUAGUAAAUAAACAGUUUUCCAGAAAUUUAAGACAGAACAAAGCGGAGCAGCAACUAACUAACUGGUCCAACAACAUACUCAAAUCUGGACAAGUUUCCAUAGAGAUUAGAGAGAAUCAUCCAUCCGAAGCUAGGGAGGGUUACUUCCUUCCCCAAAUCUAAUCUCCCUAGAUUGGUUUCAGUACCAACACCGUCUAGAUGGUAAACAAGAAACAUCGUUGUUCUGGAGAUGGUGGUUUCAGCGAUACCUAUACAUGUGACUUAGAACUAAGAGUCAAAAACUCUAACGGCUUCCUUCCGCCCUCUCCUCCUGACUCCCCUGUCCUCAAUUCCCCCGAGAAUCUGGACUCCACCCCCAUCGCUGCUGCUGCUGCUGCUUUCGAUGAUACACCAACCUUGUCCAAGACUAGGAAGAAGCGUAAGGCUACGCUGUCUCCUUCAUAUGCUCCUUCUGAUUCCAAGAGACUCUGGAGUAAACAUGACGAGCUUGUCAUUUUAAAGGGCAUUGUUGACUACCAGAACAAGACAGGACUGGACUACCGUUCUGAUUCAGCUGCAUUCUUUGAGUAUAUCAAAGAUGGCAUUGACGGUAUAGUCUCAAAGGAUCAGCUCAUGAAUAAGAUCAGAAAGUUGAAGUCUAAAUUCCGAGAUAGUUCGGUUAAAAAGCCUAGCUUUACUAACCCUCAAGAUUCUGAAAUUUUUGACUUGUCCAUGGCAAUAUGGGGCAAAGUUAAACCUGGAUGUGUUGAUGACAGAGCUAAGAGGACCAGGAGCAAGGUUCAGGCUUUCGUGGAACACGAGGUGGUGACAAACGGUGAACCAGAGAAUGAUGAUAGAUUAGCAGAAGGUGACACUUUUGACAAAAAUGCUGACAAGAAUACGGAGAAUGAGAAUGGUGGGAAGAGGAGUGAGGAAGAUGGAGCAAUGACAAACGGUGAACCAGAGAAUGAUGAUGGCGCUGCAAAAGGCGGCUCUUGUGACGAAAAAUUACCCUCUGAAAGUGUCGAGAAACGUGUGGAGAAGGGGAGUGAGGAAGAAGAUGGUGCUGCUGAUGAUGAGCUGUGUGCUUUACAAGACGCGCUUGAGACGACAAUGUUUCAGCAUAUAGGGAACUACGCACAGAAGCAGAUGCUACAGAAGUUGAAGACCAUUAGAGCCAAGGAAAGGAAAGAGCUGAGCGGUGAAUGGAAAUCAUUACUUGUUCAAGAGGCGCUAUUGAAGAGCAAGAAGUAUUCGUUUACGGCCAAACUCGCAAAUGCAGCAUUUCAUAAUUAGGUAGAAGAAACUAGUGUGAUGACUGAUGAGUAAUGACUUCCAAAAGUAGUUGGGUGGGUAAAACAUCGCUUUCUGGAACUUGUCUAUGAUCCGAUCAUGGUGAAGCGUCACAACUUUUGUUAAUAUGCUAUUGUGCAGUAAAACCGUAGUUGUUUUGUUUUGCUUUUUCUAUACAAAAUUUUCUGUUUUAUUUGGU